GCCUUCCCUGCCUCCGCUCCCCCACUCCUCUUUUCUACUGGUCAGAUCAGAUCUCGUUUCAGAUCCGAUCUGAAGAAAUGGCUCUCCUCGUUGAGAAGACUACCUCUGGCCGCGAGUACAAGGUCAAGGAGCAUGUCCUCAGACCGAUCUUCGGCCGGCCUGCGAAGAAUCAGGAAGCUCGCUGAGGUGCGAGAUGCCAAGGGCUCAUGGCCUGCCGAGCCGAGGUUGCGGCCCGCCAGCCAUUCAAGGGCGCAAAAAUCACUGGAUCCCUCCACAUGACGAUCCAAACUGCCGUCCUCAUCGAAACCCUAACCGCCCUCGGCGCCGAGGUCCGCUGGUGCUCCUGCAACAUAUUCUCCACACCACAGGACCAUGCCGCCGCUGCCAUUGCCCGUGACUCCGCCUCCGUCUUCGCCUGGAAGGGUGAGACCCUCCAGGAGUACUGGUGGUGCACCGAGCGUGCCCUCGACUGGGGCCCCGGCGGUGGCCCUGACCUCAUCGUCGAUGAUGGCGGCGACACCACUCUCUUGAUCCAUGAGGGGGUGAAGGCCGAGGAAGAGUACGAGAAGACGGGGAAGAUGCCCGAUCCGGCGUCUACCGACAAUGCUGAGUUCCAGAUCGUGCUCACAAUCAUCAGGGAUGGGCUCAAGGUGGACCCCACCAAGUACAGGAAGAUGAAGGAUAGGAUUGUCGGUGUGUCGGAGGAGACCACCACCGGGGUCAAGAGGCUUUACCAGAUGCAGGCUAACAAUUCCCUUCUUUUCCCUGCGAUCAAUGUCAAUGACUCCGUCACCAAGAGCAAGUUUGACAAUCUGUAUGGAUGCCGGCACUCUCUUCCCGAUGGUCUGAUGAGGGCCACUGAUGUUAUGAUUGCUGGCAAGGUUGCAGUUGUCUGCGGUUAUGGUGAUGUCGGCAAGGGCUGUGCUGCUGCACUCAAGCAGGCUGGUGCCCGUGUUAUUGUGACGGAGAUCGACCCCAUCUGUGCUCUUCAAGCCCUAAUGGAGGGUCUUCAGGUCCUCACCCUCGAGGAUGUUGUCUCAGAGGCGGAUAUCUUUGUUACCACCACUGGUAACAAGGACAUCAUCAUGCUGGACCACAUGAGGAAGAUGAAGAACAAUGCCAUUGUCUGCAACAUUGGUCACUUUGACAACGAGAUUGACAUGCUAGGUUUGGAGACAUACCCUGGCAUCAAGAGAAUCACCAUCAAGCCCCAGACUGACCGGUGGGUCUUCCCUGAAACCAACACUGGUAUAAUUGUUCUUGCUGAGGGCCGACUCAUGAACCUUGGGUGUGCCACUGGUCACCCCAGCUUUGUCAUGUCCUGCUCCUUCACCAACCAGGUGAUUGCUCAGCUAGAGUUGUGGAAUGAGAAGGCAAGCGGCAAGUAUGAGAAGAAGGUUUACGUGCUCCCCAAGCAUCUUGAUGAGAAAGUAGCAGCGCUUCACUUGGGCAAGCUCGGAGCCAAGCUUACAAAGCUCAGCCCUUCACAGGCGGACUACAUCAGCGUCCCCAUCGAGGGUCCCUACAAGCCACCUCACUACAGGUACUAGACGCUGUUGUGCCGGGGAGAGAUCAUCGCAGCAAGAAAGUAUUAAGAUUGAAGAAGAGAGUUGUUAUGGAGGACAUGGCUAUAUUUACUUUAUUUCCUACCUAUUUCUUGCAGUUUCUCUUUCCGAACUUUUAGACUGAUCCUCUUCUUCUCUUUGAUUUAUCACGAUAUGAAUUCUGUUUAAAUUUUGCUUAUUCUCUAAUGAUGAGCUAGCAGACAUAUGUUCUGUGGUAGAAUAACGAGGUUUUGAACUUUGUGCAUUGGUGUUUUGUCA